UGACAUCUCACACAAAAACCUUUCGAAUCACAACAGUUUCUUUCAAUACAUUCGCCUCAAUUCAUCACAAUCCCAUCGCGACAUGCAGCAACAUCCAUUGGACCUUCCUGAAGUAAUUCAAAACCUUGGGCAGUUUCUUCAGCACGAAGACCUUUUGUCUUGCCUUCGCGUCUCCAAGACUUUCCAUAGCGUCUUAAUCAAGUAUUUGUGGGAAGCCAUCGACGCUUGGGACCAUGAUAGGAAACGAAGCACUUAUCCAAGAGGCAAGACGCUUCAGAACCACAAAAAGUAUAUUAAAAGGCUCGUCUUUAUCGGAAACCCUCCCCGCGAAUACAUGUCAUUGCAAGGAUGCAGCGUUCUUCACACCAUAAGUGCAACAUUGCCAGAAAAGUGCACAUCCUCUCUCCUGACCAAGUUUUCUCGCUUGAUCAAGGCCCACAGUUCGACAAUGCGCCACGUGGAAUUUUGGAUUGAAGAUAGUCUUCAUAUUUCAAUUUCAGGACCAGAGCCUUGGAAAACACUUUUAGAGUGUCCUCGUAUCAGUUCUUUGUCAAUCGGUUGCAUGAAAUUCCGAAACGAUGAAGUUGAUCUAUUAUUUCAAGUUUGCACAAAACUUCAGAAACUGAACUUGGACUAUGGAUGCAUCUCUGAACUCCCAGAAUAUGUACAGGACGAAUCCAGUAACUUCGUUCUUCCGCAUCUUCGUUCCUUGACUCUUUGUAAUCGUUAUAAUCGUCAUGGAGAUGAGCGUCCAUUUUCAGGUGUAAUGUUACAUUUAUGGGGAAUAUUUGUCCGAAAGUGUCCGAGCUUGGAAAAACUUGAUUGUCUACACCCUAAACAUGGAAAGAUACUCAAAGUGGCGCUAUUGCAGAAUCCAUGGAUAUUUCCACAUUUGCGAGACUUGACUCUAAAUGACUCUGUAAGCGACGAGGAGUUGGCUGCUAUUCUCAGACAGAUGGCUCAAGUCAGAAACUUUAAAGUCCCAUCCUCCUAUUUCGGGCCGCUUGCUCUUCAUGAGCUAUUGGCUGACAGAGGAAGACAACUGGAUGUUCAUGAGAAUAGAGACAGGAUAACACGGACAGACCGACUAUGUGAUACAAUUGAGGAACUGCAAGCUGCAUCAGGCUGGGAUAAAACAGACGGUGUUGCUCAAGCAAUCUUGUCUAAUUGUCCACGUCUGCGGGUCCUGGCCGCAGCCAAAAUCACAGUGACGGAAAUUGUGCAGGGACCAAAAUGGGUCUGUUCAAGAAUUGAGAAAUUAUGUCUCUAUUUCCAAAUGGACCUUGACCCAGAAUCUGAAGAAGGGACGGAGAAGCAACGGAUGGUAUUUGGGCAGCUAGGAAAACUAACUGAGCUGCAAUACCUUGAUUUGACACACUACUGUAGGAUGCCAACGUUGGAUCUAAGGCUGGGAGCUGGACUAAAUGGGUUAGCAAAUCUGAAAAGGUUAACAACAGUGCGAUCCACAUCUGAUGAUUACCAGGCAAUGGGGCCUGAAGAGGCAAAGUGGAUUGUAGAAAACUGGCCUAAAUUCUUCUAUUUAGAUGUUGCGACGAAUAAGGAUCCGGAUAUUGCCGGUUCGAUAUCCCGCAUAUUUCGUCCGCAUAAUAUUUUUUGUAUGCAAUGGAAGAGUCUCGUUCCUACUGUAUAGAAAGUGUACUGGAUAUGUAGUUGAAACGACAGCCACGUCCAUGACCACACUCCAUCAUCAUCUCUUUGCUCCUCGAUAUCUUUUUUAAAGCUGCAUUUACGUCUUUAGAUUAAGCGUAGGAAUGCCUAAUUAUAUAAUAUCAUUGACUUAAUAGGAGGCCGUACAGAUUACAUUAUAACGUUUCGUUUGUUUGAC